AUGGCUGACAACCCCCAUGAGUUUCGGAGGAGGAUCCUCCUGCUCGUCACAACGGGAGGUUUCACUCAUGCAGCCCCAGUCCUUGAAAUAGGCGCUGUUCUUGCUUCUCGUGGCCAUGAGAUCCAAUUUGCUACAUGUGCUGGCCAGGAGGAAUGGACUUUUGGCUACCCCUUUAUAAAAACUACUUAUAUCGUCGGUCCGGCGGCUACGCCAGAUGACCUGGAUCUUCACUAUGAGAGGCUGCGUCUAUGGCGCCACGAGCACGGCUUUGCUCCUAUGAUGAAGUCAAAGUACUUCUUUGAUAAUUUCUGGACAGAGACUUACAAGAACCUGCGCGGUCUGUGUCAGAAUCCUUCUACGAAGCCCGACUUUAUCGUCGCGGAUUUCUUUGCUGAUAGUGCGGCGAGGGAUAUGCUCAGGCAGUUCAACAUCCAGCUAGCAAGCGUCUGGCCCCAGAUGCCAUAUGCUAUGGCGCCUGUGAGCUAUCACCCAGGUCAGCCUGGGUUCCAGGCCGACGGGGCGUUGACCUCUGAGCAUGCAUCUUUGACCUCGCGGUUCUGGAACGAGUUUGUGGUGUUGGCAGCGCUACCGACGGUCAUUCCUUGGCUGAUCUGGACAAAGCGUAUGCGUGUUGAUGCAGGCGUCAACUACAGCCAUUCUCUUCUCCCCAAGCCUGAUUACCUUGUUCUGGUCAAUUCUUUCUGGGGACUGGAAGCGCCUAAAGAACUGCCGCCUCUUAUGACACCCGUUGGUCCUAUCCUGAGCGACGAGUAUCCUCCCCUGGACGAAGACCUAGCCCAGUUCCUCGAUAGCCAUGACAAGACGAUAUAUGUGUGCUUGGGAACUCACGUCAACCUCCCAGGAGAAGAGUUAACAAAGUAUCUUCUCGGAUUCAUCCAGGCCCUAGACGCUGGGUCUAUCAACGGUGUCAUAUGGGCUAUUCCCCAGAAACCGCGUGCCAACUUUGACACUUCAAAUACCUAUCCUUUAGCCGAUGGUUCAACCAUUAGCGUCGAAAGUCUUCUCAAUGAUGCCCACCCACAUUUCCGUCUACCGGUGUUUGCACCCCAAAGAGCCGUCUUGGCACAUCCCAACACUGUCUUAUUUCUCACUCACGGUGGCGGUUCAAGUGCCAACGAGACUCUCUUCCACGGGACACCAGUCCUUGCAGUGGGAUACUUCUUCGAUCAGCUCUGCAACAGCGCUCGCCUCGCAUCGUCGGGCGUCGGCACGUCUCUUGACAAAUCCUAUCUAACACCAAACUCCAUUGCAUCAGCCAUAGAAAACAUUGCGUCUGACAAGGAUGGGUCGUUUACCACCAACGCCCGUCGCAUGCAACGCAUAGCAACCCUCAAUUCCAAGCGGAAACAUCUUGCAGCUGAUCUUAUAGAGGAAGUCAUGAUAGACCAAGAACUCCGGUUCCGCAAUGGCGUUGAACUACGCCCUAUGCAUUUACAGACGGCUGAUAUGCGCAUACCAAUAUGGAAGGCCAGGAACUGGGAUAUGUUGUUCAUCAGCCUGACGGGGCUGGCAACUGGUGGUGUAGUUAGCUGGUGGUUUGUUAGAGAUGGCUGGAGGAAGAUACCUCUUAUCCUGGCAAAGUCGGUGAGGUUUGGUAGGGUGUUUGCGAGAGAAAUCUUCGACAGCCGAUCGUGA